UGAGAGCCCGGGGUUGUGUACACAUCUCUCCAGCUCGUCAACAACAUGAGGUUCCUGGCGUGUCUCUCCGUGCUGGUGCUGGUCGCCCUCGUCACCGCCGCCCCGGCUGACUCCACGGAACGACCUGUUGAUGACGACAAUGUCUCCUUCGGGUCAUCCAACGUCCACCGACCUGUAGCAGGCACUUCAUCCUUCGGGUCCAACAGCGACCACCGUCCUCAAGGCGGCUUCGGUUCCUUCGGGUCCUCCAGCGUCAACCCUUCGGGUCCUUCAGGGUCCAGUGUCCACCGCCCUGAACCUGUUUCACCAGGCGCCACUGCCUCCGUCGGGUUCUCUAACAUCCACCGUCCAUUAGCAGGCAGCGCCACCUUCGGGUCCUCCAGCAACCAGGGAUCUGCUGUAGUCCCAACAGGCGACGACUCCCACAACCAAGACGGCCAGUUUAGUUCCCGCCAAAUCUCCCCUCAUCAGCAACAGUCUCCCGUCUUCCAGGGCUCGCAGUUCCCCAGCGGCAGCAGCACAACUACCGAGGACGUAGACAACACGGCCGUCGUAGCCACCACAACAACAACUGAACCACCCAGAAAUUUCUUCAGUUCACUCUUCGGAGGCGGAUCGAGUUCGUCCCGUGUGAGCAGAGACACCUGGCGUCAGGUGUAUGUGGCCGAGGACCAGGAUAGCCAACACUCGGCCCCCACACAGUCUGAGGAACAAUCUAGCAACUUGGAGGGAUCUGUGCCCUUGAAUCUUGGUACACCUGGUUCCUCAAGUGUUGCGGCUCCUGUCUCAACCAACGUUGGUACACCUGGCUCUUCAGGUGUUGUGGCUCCUGUCUUAACCAACGUUGGUACACCUGGUUCCUCAGGUGUUGUGGCUCCUGUCUCCACCAAGGUUGGCAGCACUCCUCGGUAACCUGGUUGGAGGCUCCGUCAACCCACCAGCGUGAACUCCUGCAGCAGGUGUUGGUGCCUUAAUAACCCCACCAUAAAGGCGCCCCACAGUGACUAGGAAGCACCAUAGAGGCAUCUCCCGGCUACUGUCGCCAGACACAUCCUGACUUCCACACUGUGGCUCUCACCAAGCUUUAAUUUAAUACAAACAUCUAUAUAUAGCUGCCAUAAACGAAUACUCUUUUUUACUGUUUUCUAACAACAGCGUUAGGUUCGCUUGUACAAGUGUAAGUGUCGUCAGGUAACGCUUAAACGCUUGCUUGCUACAACAGGUCUUACUGGUAAACAAUCGUCACACCUGUCAAGCCGCACAAACUGUAGUUAGUUUCUAUUUAAUAAACUUUGAAUGCAUCACAAA